GGACCUCCAACGCCCAUGCCACGCCUGCCGCCAUCAGCAAGCAUGACGGCGACGUUGCGUGUUUCGAUGGACAGCAUAUCGCUUGACCAAGUGCCCGCCAACAUCUCCAGUGUCCAGCUUCUCGCGACGCUACAGGCGAAAACCAUCUCGUCGGCCACGUCGCCCGUUGUCGGAGGUCGAGCACGCCUCGAUGCGCCGUUAUGGUUUGACGCCGUAGACCUCUCGGGGCCCGGCUGCCACCCACUGCUGUCGCUCGCAAUCUUGCAUGGCGAGACCCAAGCCACACUCGCCACGGCGGUGACGCCGCUCUUCUCGUACAUCACAGACAAGGGACAUGUCGCGAUGCUCGCGCUGCCGGCCUUGACGCCGACCGGUGACCGCGUCUGCGUUGUCAACGUGCAUCUCCACGCGGUGCGCCAUCUCGGGCGAGGAGCCUCUGACGACACGGGCCUCCUCUUGACCUUUCACGAUAUCAAGGGCUCACCCCAGUGGUACCAAGCAACGCUGUUUCUCUGUGUGCUCGGCGACGCGAUCGAGACGACGACCACGUCAGCGACCAAGACCGAACCGAGCGUACUGCUGCCACACAGCGCAGGGGCGGUGCGCAUCGACAUGUACCAAGGCGGCGUCGUUGUUGGCAGCGGGUCGGUCAAGGCGGUGCCGAAUACCGCGCGGCAGUGGACAACCGUCGGAACGCAUCAAGUACUUGUAUCGCUGUCGCCCGCCGCUGCACCGAUGCCCGUGGUCGGCAAACUCUAUUUGGAGCCAUUGGAAGCCAAAGUCGCGCUCUCGUGGAAGAGCCCCUACCUUCGGCUACGGGCGGGCGACCUCGACGUGUACAAGUCGUCCGUGUACAAGCUCAGCGACGGGGCGCCGAAAUGGACCGACCACGUCGUGCUCAACGUCCCGACGCUGCCGGUCUCGCUGUCGUGCAGUCUCUUCUCCAGAGGUGCGUCGCUGGGCCAGACCAAUGGCAGCGCUUCGAUCCUCGCUCCCCUCGUUGUUUCGGACGAUGAUUUCCAUAUCGAUGAUUGGCUCGCGCUUGCUCACGAGGCCGGGCACGUACAUAUUCAGGCGACGUUCCUGGCAAAGCUGCACGGCGACGUCGAACUCGCCGUGACCAAGCUCGUGCUUUCAAGCGCAGCGACAACGUCGGGUCUGCCGACGACGAUCACGGUUUCGGUGCCGCCGUCGUUGGCGUCGUCGUCUACGGUGCCGCUGCAGCACCAGCUCGCGUCUGUUCCGAGCGCACCCGUCGUGUUCUCCGUGACCAACGCUCAGGCAAGCUCCGUAGCGCCAAGCAUAUCGAUCGUGGUGUUCCAGGGACCUGUUGCAAUUGCGCUCGCCUCGCUGCCCCUUCUAGAGGUGUGGCGCCGACCGAUACCGAGCCGCUGGUAUCCCCUCCUCGACCGCAUCUCCAAAGAUGAAGUUGGCGCGGUUCGCGUCGACCUGACCUUUACACCCUCCAUUCGAAUCGCAUCGGGUGUGUCCAAUACGACGGCGCAGUGGAAGAAGCUCUUCUACAUGAUCGACAGUGACCACAGCGGAAGCAUCUCGCUGCGGGAGCUUCGCGCGGCGCUCCAAGGCAAUGUCGCACUGCAGACGUUGCUGCUCUCGGCAACCGACACGCGACCCGUAGAGGACCAGAUUGCGACGCUCUUCCAGCACCUGGACAUCAACGGCGACGGACAAGUGACGUUUGACGAGUACGUUGCUGGCAUGCAAGCGCAUGAGCAGCAGCAAGCUCUCUUAGUGCCCUCCAGUACCAGUGCCUGCACCUCUCCGCGCAUCGAGGCGCUGGAGGCCCGAGUCGAGCAGCUCACGGCAGCGCUCGCAGAGAAAAAGUCGACGCACCAGCCCCUCGGUGUACUUCGGAGAGGCCGAUCGACGCCGGCGCGACCUAUCUACGCCAAGCACACGGAGUGGCGCACGACGCAGCUCAGUCUCGAGUACGACACAUCGCCCGAGGCGCUCAAGGAGCAGAAUCGGCAGCUGCGAGCCCAGCUGGUUGACGCUGAAUCCGCGCGGCGGCUCGCGCUUGCCAAGCACGUUCAAGAGAGCGAGAAGGUCAAGCGGCGUGUGCAGAGCGACCGCGCGCUCGCCCACCACCAUCUGUUGCACCGGACGCCGCCAAAAGGUCUGCACGACGAUGUGGUUGUCGAAGGCAAGCUCGCGAUGCUGAGCGAAGAAGUCCAGCGUCUUCGCGACGUCAACGCGCAACUGCUACGCAUGCAGCUACAAGACCCCGGUAGGUCGAGGGAAGAAGGCGACGCCCCCGAGAACGCGGAGCCAGAGCUUCUCGGGCGAUCGACGGAGCUGCACGCCUUGCGUGACGUCCACCACCAGCUCCAGUCGGACCACGCCGAUGUUACGGACCGUUGCCAGAAGCUUCAAGACGACGUCGCAGCAGCAAAACGGCUGCUCGCUGCACAAACCGAGCGCUGCCAGUCCCUGCAGCAGCAGCUACAUCAGACGACACUUGCGCUCCAGCAGUGCCAGCAAACCAAACAAGCACAGACGACGCGGUCCACUGUCGUCCAGUCGGCGCUCGCGCUCGAGCUCGAUCGCCAAGCGCAGCUGCAGACCCAGCGACAGGCCGCGCGCGUGGCGCAGACGACCGCGUCCAUUUUGCUGCAGUCCAAAGUGCGCAUGCGCUUGCAGCAGAAGCGGUACCAAGCCGCCAAGAUGCAGCGGGCCGCGGCGGUGGUCCUCUUGCAGUCGAGGGUGCGUGGCAGGCUCGCGCGUCUCCGGUUCCACGCGAACCUCCGAAUCCAUCGCGCAGCCGUGUGCAUUCAAUCGAACACUCGCCGGUUCGUGUGUCGGUCCAAGUUCGUGCAUCUGCAAGCGGGGCGCUGGACGGCGGCGCGGCUGCUUCAAGCGCACGUUCGUCGGUGGCAGGCGCAGACGCACUUGCGUCAGUGCUUGUACAGGCGUACGCCCGGCGGUGGCGAGCGCAGCACCAUCGACAUCAGCUGCUAA